CCCCAACGAGCAGCAGACAUGCCCCAACCAGACCCGUCCAAAACAGCAUAUAAUGGACGCGUAUCACCGAGCACCUUUUAUCUUACGUUCGGACCAUUGGAAUCCGCAUGCUCGAAGGCCAAAGCACCACAACUCCAGCUAUUUGCCGUCGGAAAGAAUUCGCACGCAAAGUUCGUUUGCAUCGUAGCUAAAACGACUGUUUUCGACCAUCGACGCGAAAAUGGGCCGCACGGAAAAGUCGCAGGGGCUUGCGCCACCUGCGAUCAGGAAGGACAUGCGCGCGAAGCAGGCACGACAUAUAGUGAACAAAGUCAUCCCGGGGAUAUUAGCAUCCAAUGCAAGAGCAAGGAAGGGCGCUGAGGGGAGCGAGCUUGUCGUCGAUCCUGGGCCUGGCUAUGUGCAAGCCCAGAGAGAGCAAGAGAAGGCAGGAAAGCAGCAGAACAACGAUGCUGCAGAGGACGCGAGAUACAUCAAGCGCAAGGGCCAGGGACGGCGGAAAGCCAAGGUCGACGCUGCGUCCGUAUCCGAGGACUCGACACCUCGUGCAAAACCGCCUGCGAAGAACGCACCGCCACCGCAACACGCUCCCCAUGCCCCCAAAAUCCGCGUCGUAGCAACCGACACCCUCACCGCAUCGUCCACCCUCCUCCCCCAUCCCCGCACCCGGGCCCGCACCCACCCAAACCCCUGCAUCCUCAACAUGGCAUCCCCGCUCCGCCCCGGCGGCGGCGUCCUCGCCGGCGCCACCUCCCAAGAGGAAUUCCUCUGCACCCGCACCACGCUCCUGUCCUCGCUGCACGAGCGCUUCUACCGCCUCCCCGAGCGCGGCGCCGUCUUCACGCGCGACGUGCUCGUCUUCCGGAACGCGCUCCCCCUCUCUUCAAGCACGGGCGACAUCCCCGCCGCGGAGAGAUGGUACGUCGACGUCGUGAGCGCGGGGAUGCUGCGGUUUCCGGACCUCGAAGGGGAGGCUGGGAGGCUGGGGGCCAGGGACAGGAAGGCGGUCGAGGCGAAGAUGCGGGCUGUGCUGCGUGUUGCGGUCGGCAAGGGCGCGAGGAAGGUGGUUCUGGGUGCGUGGGGCUGCGGCGCGUAUGGGAAUCCGGUGGUGGAUGUUGCGGAGGCGUGGAGGGCGGUGCUCUUGCCUCCAUCCGCUGCAUCGGCGCAGGUGGGCGGGGGUAAGGCGGGAAGAAAGGCGGAGGUGUGGGAGGGACUGGAGGAGGUGGUGUUUGCAAUUAGUAGUGGAAAGUUGGCGAGGGAGUUUGCGGGUGCGUUUGGGGGGGUGGAGGUUGAGGAGGGACCUGGGGCGGAUGAGGAAGAGGAGGAGGGGAUGGAUGAGGUGGCGGAGGAGUUGAGGGCGAAGAUUGCGGAGAUGGAAGGGCAGGUGGAGAAGGUGUGGAAUGCGGAAUUGAAGCAGAGGAUGAGUGCCAUUCUCGAGGGCUUGAGAGCGCAGCUGUCUGAGCGGGAGGGGAAGCGCGAGGACAGCGAAGAGGAAGCAGGCGGCAGUAGCGAGGAUGGCGAGACCUUGGAUGCAGGCGAGGCUGGUGGUGUAAGCUUGAGUGACGAUGAAGUGGAUGUGGUACAUUACAGUAGCGAUGAGUGGCAGGUGAGUCCUUUUGAUUAGGAUGAGUGGCUGCGCGAUGGUAGAAAUCCCCACACAUACUAUUGAGACCAGGCGAGCCUUGCGAGCUGGCCAAUGUUAUCAUAUGAUGUAUGUAUCGAUAUCACAAACGACCCUUGUCUAAGAAGUAUAUAUCACAUCUACACCAGCACAUCUGUUUCCUGUCCACCAACGCCGAUGAAUCCAAUGCAGUGUCCAUUCACAGAGUCCCUCCCGUCUCGUUCAGAAAUCC